AUGGACAACCAUACCCCCAGCCUGGACAACCAUGCCCCCAGUCUGGACAACCAUGCCCCCAGUCUGGACCACCAUGCCCCCUGUAUGGACAACCAUGCCCUCUGUCUGGACAACCAUGCCCCCAGUCUGGACAACCAUGCCCCCAGUCUGGACCACCAUGCCCUCUGUAUGGACCACCAUACCCCCAGCCUGGACAACCAUGCCCCCAGUCUGGACAACCAUGCCCCCAGUCUGGACCACCAUGCCCCCUGUAUGGACAACCAUGCCCUCUGUCUGGACAACCAUGCCCCCAGUCUGGACAACCAUGCCCCCAGUCUGGACCACCACUCUCUUCUGGACAACCAUGCCCUCUGUAUGGACCACCAUACCCCCAGCCUGGACAACCAUGCCCCCAGUCUGGACAACCAUGCCCCCAGUCUGGACCACCAUGCCCCCUGUAUGGACAACCAUGCCCUCUGUCUGGACAACCAUGCCCCCAGUCUGGACAACCAUGCCCCCAGUCUGGACCACCAUGCCCUCUGUAUGGACCACCAUACCCCCAGCCUGGACAACCAUGCCCCCAGUCUGGACCACCAUGCCCCCUGUAUGGACAACCAUGCCCUCUGUCUGGACAACCAUGCCCCCAGUCUGGACAACCAUGCCCCCAGUCUGGACCACCACUCUCUCUUGGACAACCAUACCCUCUGUAUGGACCACCAUGCCCCCAGUCUGGACAACCAUGCCCUCUGUAUGGACCACCAUCCCCCCAGUCUGGACAACCAUGCUCUCUGUAUGGACCACCAUGCCCCCUGUCUGGACCACCCAUACCCUUGUCUGGACCACCAUGCCCCCAGUCUGGACAACCAUGCCCUCUGUAUGGACCACCAUGCCCCCAGUCUGGACCAUCCAUACCCCCAGUCUGGACAACCAUGCCCCCAGUCUGGACAACCAUACCCUCUGUAUGGACCACCAUACCCCAGCCUGGACAACCAUGCCCUCUGUAUGGACCACCAUGCCCCCAGUCUGGACAACCAUGCCCUCUGUAUGGACCACCAUGCCCCCAGUCUGGACAACCAUGCCCUCUGUAUGGACCACUAUGCCCCCUGUCUGGACAACCAUGCCCUCUGUAUGAACCACCAUACCCUCCGUAUGGACCACCAUGCCCCCAGUCUGGACAACCAUGCCCUCUGUAUGGACCACCAUACCCUCUGUAUGGACCACCAUGCCCCCAGUCUUGACAACCAUGCCCUCUGUAUGGACCACCAUGCCCCCAGUCUGGACCAUCCAUACCCCCAGUCUGGACAACCAUGCCCCCAGUCUGGACCAUCCAUGCCUCCAGUCUGGACCAUCCAUACCCCCAGUCUGGACCAUCCAUACCCCUGUCUCGACCAUCACAUCACCAGUCUGGACCACCCAUAG